AUGGGCUUUCAUGGGAGACGACUGAUGCUGCUAGCUUCCUUCCUGCUGGUGCUGCUACAAGUGGGGCUCCAGACGGAGGCCAGGCCACAGGAAGUGAUCACAGCUGCUGUAGAGGAGAACGAGACCGAGGUGGUGAUCAAAAAGGAGGGCGGCGAUGGUGAUGGGGAUGGCGAUGAUGACGAUUCAUCCUCCGAGGAAACAGUCGAGGACUCGGAAGAGACUGCACGCAGACGUCGCGAGGUCGGCACGGACGAUGCUUUGUUGCCACGCGCGGGAAUUCCAGGCCAGCAAAUCGUCCCAAUUCUGCUGGAGGCUGUUCUACCUAGCCCGGACGCAGUAGGCGAUCGCAUAGCCAGGUCCCUCCAGUUUUUGAACAACGUUAAGAGCAGCUUGGAUGGGUUUUCCGAGGAGAGGAAGUAAAAUUCACAUGCUAUCGCUGUAAAAGGGCUAACAUUUGAAGAACUGAGCUGGUUACUGCGGUGAUUUUGCAACCCAACCCUCAGAUAGAUGCAGAUUUGGGCAAUAAUAGAGAGUAGCUUAGAAGCUCACGGCUUGUGAUAAGUUUUAUUUGCUUUAUUUUCGUAUAAAUAUUAAAUUGUGUCCUGGAAAAUA